UUAUUGAUGCUUCUGUACAGCUGCACUCCGGGAGGACGGAGACCGAGAGCUGAGGCACUGACUGGAAAUGAGAGGAAGAAACAACUUUAGUGUGGGCACACAGCUGUCACACACGGGAGACUCCAGAUAAAGAAAAGGAGCGAGCGAUGUUUUUUACACCGCCGUGGCGUUGUGUUUAGCCCAAGGACGUACGAGGAAAGCAAACACGUCCCAGACUUGGAGAAAGAGGAGCGGGAUUUACAGGGGCUGAUGUCGCCCGGGCUGAAAGCCCAAGUCAUAUGAACUGCAAGAGGCGUCUUUUUGUUAUGCCUUGAUUAGAACAUUAUAACGAUCGGCUCGUGAGAAAUAAAGGCCUCCUUCUGCUCCUCCACCAGCACUUCCUCCUCUGAUGGGGCACUGUGCUCCGCUUUAAUCCAGUCCCGGAAACCUCCCUGACAGGCGGCAGCAGCAGCGACGAGCUACGGCACAAGGGACGCCUAUUCGAAUUUGAAGGGAUUUAUGGGAUCGCAAGUUUCCUCUGAUGAAAUGAGUGUGCGUGCUGGCCAGGGCAGUGAUGAAGUGCUGGUUUCACAGGCAGUGUGGGAUUACCUGGCUGCAGCUGGGCGGCCCUGGCUCAUUGACUUCGAGCACAAGCAGGGGAUGAGCGCUGGUAUCAUUAGGCGAGGAGAGAGGGGAGGCUGCUGUGCUGUGAGGCUACAGCCGGUAGAAAGCUUCAGGACUGCUGGUGCCGCGGUGAUGGAUGGAACCAUCUCCAGCGAGACACGAAAAGCCUUCAUUGACUUAUGCCGCUGUGCCCGCAAAGAAAUGAGGAAAAGGGUCCUGUUGCCCUGUACGGGAGCUCCAGAUGCUAAUGAGGAGGGCAGCAUGCUUCAGUCCCAACCUCCCCAGCCUCGGCGCUCCCAGAGGUUCAGGAAACCUGCUGAUGAGGAGGCUUGUGCCGUGCUUCAUGAAGCAGCCCAGAAGAAAGACUUGGAGUCUGGCCUUGCUUCCCGCAGCGAGGGACAGGACAACAGCACUUGUUCAGUCUGCAUGGGGGACAUUGUGGAGAGGGCAACCUUGGAGAAGUGUGGCCAUUCAUUUUGUCGCACCUGUCUGGAUCAAGCCUUUAAGGUGAAGAAAGCGUGUCCAAUGUGCAGGCUGGUGUAUGGCCAGAUGAUCGGAAACCAGCCGGCCUAUGGUACGAUGGUGGUAGAGAGAGAUCCUGAUCUGGAAAUUCCAGGACAUGAAGGCUAUGGAUGCAUCUAUAUUAUCUACCACUUCCCUCCAGGCUUACAGACGCCUGAGCACCCAAACCCUGGUGUCCGGUAUCCAGGAACAGACCGCGUGGCCUACCUCCCUGACAGUCCUGAGGGGAACCGCGUGCUGGGCCUGCUGCGCCGGGCCUUUGAACAGCGCCUUAUCUUCACCAUUGGUACCUCCAUGACUACGGGCAUGCAAAAUGUCAUCACCUGGAAUGACAUUCACCACAAGACCUCAAUAUGGGGAGGGCCGUGCUGUUUUGGCUACCCAGAUCCCACCUACCUGGUACGAGUGACGGAGGAGCUCAGAGAGAAAGGCAUCACAGCUGACUGACUGACUGCAUGGGAAUGACAGACUCUUCCUGGACUCUGUGCGUCUUUGAGUGUCCUUGUCCUUGUGGUGGACAUGACUUGGCUCCAGGUUGCGCUUUGAGACCGCCCGUCCAUCACAAGGAUGACUGAAGACAAGGCCCUGGGCAGACGAGUGUCUCGAUGCUGCGGCACAGUCCACAUCACUCCAAUAGCAAAUGCUCCCCCUCUCUCCCUCUCUCCCUCUCUCUCUUUUCACUUUCCUCUGGGUUCGGCGGAGCCCACUGCUACACGUGGAAGAAAAUACUUUUGAGUGCAGUGCAUUCUUGUAUCACACAAUCCUCCGUCACCUUUUUUGCAAUAGGACUGAUUUCUGAUGCACUUAUUUAAGAGCAUUGUGGGAUGUCGGAUGUCAUACUUGUUUAGAACAUCUUGAGUUGAACAUUAUCAGACAUGUUUAUGUUCCAUAAAUGUUUCUCCUCUGGGGAUGAUCACUUUACAUCUUAUAAGCACAUAUUCUUCGUUUUCAUCUCCCUGUUCGUUAAGUUUAGGCCUCUUUAAGUUUAUUGUUACUAAUUACUUGUAAGGAUUAGCAGAAAAAAAAAGAGCUGCUAGGAUGAGAUUUUUUUUUCUGCAGUUGUUGAAAUCUAAGGCACUCGUGGAGCACUUUGGUCGGGCAGCGUGUUCUGGGUGAAGUGGGUUGUUGGCUUCAUGUCAUGUGGAAGAGUGCUCUGAGCAAACAGGUAAACGCAGCCUAAUCGGCUAACUGCUUGGUGGCUACACAUUGAUGUCAGUUGCUUGAAACUCUUCAUUUUGGUGGGAUCUGCAGCCCCCUCACUCCCCCAACCCCUCCUCCUUUACUGGUACUCAAAUUGAACCAAGUUUUCUCAUUGUAGCACCUUUUACUACACCUGUCACAACUGCCACCUUUGGCAUUGGUCACAUCUGUUUUCUCGAUGUCUCCCAAAUGGUGAAUCGUUAGCAACGAGCUCAUCUAAUUACCAGAUUUAAGACGAUGUCAAAUGUCAAGGGCAUACAGACCACUCACACCAAAACAAAAGGCACAAAAAGCUCUUUAAAGUAUAUAUGCCUCUGUCCCUGUCACACUGGGAAAUGUAUGUGCUAAUGUUCUCAUUCCAAAUGAGCUAGCUGUAUUUGAUUAGCUGAUCUGAGUAGAUAACUUUGAUUAGACCGACAAAACAACAUUGCUGGAUUUCCAAUUGGUUAGAUAUAAGAAUGAAUAGGAUAAUAAUUUUGUUGUGCCUUUCUCAUAUUCACUUUUGAUAGAAACAAAAGACAGAAAUAAAUAAGCAUGAUAUUACUGAUGACUGGUACGCAGUUCGGGCACAUUUUUUGGUGUUAUUUGAUAGGUUAACAGCAGUAUGUUUGUAGCUGUACUAUCUGGCUUUAAGUACCAACACCGUUGAAGAAUAUGUAUACUGAUGUGUAUGAAAAGAGCUUCUCCUUCAUGAACCGUUCUCUGAACACACUCCUCGGACAGAUAUAGCUGUAAAUGUGAAAGUGCUUUGUUACAGUACAGUAACCUGCUUAAGUAGACGAAAAAAAUCAAUUAUUUGACUUUUUUUUUUUACAUCCAUAAAUCGACCGUCCUUUCUGUAUGCUCUCAUCACUUUUGUAUUUUAGUUAAGGGACCAACAGAGAUUUUUUUUUUUGGACAUAGGAUUGUAGUUCACUAAAUCUACUGUGCAAACAUUUCUAUGCAUUACAUGAUUGGAGGAGCAGCCAAGAGAAUGGAUAGCUGUGAGAUACCAAUUGAUUGUUGAAGGCGAGGAAAAAAAAGUUGGGAGUUUUGCUUUUCUAUUUGUGUUUAUUCGUACUUUGUUGAUAUUCAGAAUAAUGUGCUUUACAUUUUAAUACUUGAAUAAAAAGUUAUGUUUGG